AAACAACCCGGAAGUAAAAUGCGUGGGUGUGUUAUAAAGGAAGUGAUUGUUUGAGAACAGUAUAACUCUGAAAUCAAGAAAAGCGUUGCAAACCAAAGUGAUGGAGCGUGUCACCGGAGGAGGAGCGCUACCGGCAUUGCUCCUCGCAAGUGUGGGAGUUUUACUUCUCUAUCGUCUACUUGGCCGACGACGAGGCGGAGCUUCUCUCCAGGAUGCAGUGGUGGUCAUCACGGGCGCCAGCUCCGGAUUGGGCAAAGAAUGCGCACGCGUGUUCCACAGUGCAGGGGCUCGAUUGGUACUGUGCGGUCGAGAUGCAAGUCGACUGCAGCAGGUGGUUGAGGAGCUGAACGCAAAUGCAAAGGAUGGGAAGCAGCAGACGUACGUUCCCAGCACCGUUAUCUUCGACCUGAGCGACACACACUCGAUGGACAUAGUGGCGCAGGACAUCUUGAAAUGCUACGGACGAGUGGACGUCCUCAUCAAUAAUGCUGGAAUCAGUUACCGCGGCAACAUACUGGACACUCACCUAUCGGUUCAGAGGCAUGUUAUGGAAACAAAUUACUUCGGACCAGUGGGUCUUACGCAAGCUCUUCUGCCUUCCAUGGUUCGCCAGCGCAGUGGCCAUAUUGUUGUCAUAAGCAGCGUUCAGGGCAAGAUCGCUAUUCCAUACCGAUCAGCCUAUGCAGCAUCCAAACACGCCACCCAGGCCUACUUUGAUUGUUUACGGGCUGAGGUGGAACGUUACGGGAUUCCAGUGACUGUCAUUAGUCCGGGAUACAUCAGGACAAAUCUCUCCGUCAAUGCCGUCACGGGAGACGGCUCAAAGUAUGGUGUUGUGGACACGACCACGGCGACAGGUCGGGAUCCAGGAGAUGUCGCUCAGGCAGUUCUGAAAGCUGUGCGACACAAGAGCAAAGAUGUUGUUUUGGCGGGACCUUUGCCCACGGUGGCCAUUUAUCUCCGCACGUUGUGGCCCGCCCUCUUCUUUAAACUCAUGUCCUCUCGUGCUCGUAAAGAGCACAAAGCCAAAAAUACUUGAACCGUUAAAGGACAAAUAUGGUGUUGCUUGUCUAAGAAAUACGCCAGGAAAACGGUGAGUAAAUAACAUUUUUCUGUUUGUAUAGUCUUUCCUCAUUCACGUUUAUUUCGGAACUCUACAUUAUGGGCACUGAAAACAAUGAUACAUUUCUGAUUAUUUUAUCACAAAACCCCUUUAUUUAUUUUGUAUUAAAAUGAGCAAUUGUUGACUA